GGAUUAUUGGCAGAGAGGAUCCAUCAGAUGCUUCCUAUAAGAAAGAUUCAAUUAAAGAACCAGAAAGAAUAUGCAGGCGUGUCUCCAAAAAGCUAAUAAUAAAAGGACUCAAUACCAGGAUUCCUAACAAUUGGAAGGAAUUCCUUUUAAAUGAUGAGAAUGAAAUGCAGCUCAGUCAGUUGAUCCUUGAAGAAUGGAAAAAGAUAAAAGAAAGACAGAUUCAUGUGGUGAGAUCUGUACAGUGCACCAGUGAUAGAACUACUGUUACACAUAGAGUUGAACCUAGUCUGAAAUCUUCCCACAAAGAGGUAGAUACAAAAAUUAUACUCCAUGCAAUUAACAUGAAAUGAACCUGAAAAUACAGAAAAAACUAUAGUUGUGAGAUCCCCAGAUAGCGAUGUUUUUGUACUUCUUGUGCACUUUCCAAUCAUAUUCAAACUCCAUUAAUUUUCGACACUGGUAGUGCAGACCACAUAUGACUUAUUAAAGGUGCAACAAUUAGUGCAGGGGGGUAAUUCAACGAUCAUCGACCAGUGUCAAAAUAUAUUUAAGUUUGGAUAUUUCAUCAAGACUAACAUAUAUUUUUAUUAUCUACAAAGAAACCCCCUGGAUGAACAUAAUUUCAGCUGAUAUUCCUCUUGAAACGUGGUGAAUCUUAAAAAUCAAAUAUAGAAGCUUUGAACUGAAUUUACACUUCUAAAUGGAGAGUUUAUCCAUACAUUUUCAGAAAAUAGGUAUGUCAAAGAAGAUGUUAAGCCAAAUAUUGACCUGAUAGCUCAGAAAAAAAGAAAAAAAUUCGAAUUUUCUCUCUACAGUCCUUGUUGCCCCUUUAAUGUAAAGGAAGUAGGAAAUGCGCUCAGUUCAGA